UUCUGCAUUUUCUUGAUUUCCCAUGGUAAUUUGUUUUUAUCUGAAACAUUUAAAUACUUUAAUAGAAUUAGAGUACAAUAAGCGUACAACCUUUUUGUAUCCUUCACCAUUAUCAUUUCCCAACUCUUGGUUCAACCCUCAAAGGUACAUUAACAGGUUUUUGAGGAGGGGAAGCAUUGGAGUAAGCUUAAUCUGUCGGUUAUAUUUAGUUAUGGGAAGCAAAAUCUCAAAGGGUUGUAGCAGAAGGAGGUCUCGAACUAGCAGGUCAGGUGGUACAGAUUCAUGGAGUCCUUACGGAUACCCCACGCCACCACAAUCUGCAUAUCCUCAACAAAAUUAUUACUACACGCCGCACCAUCCUAGUUAUGCACCAUCGCCGUCAUAUAAUUAUGUACCGCAAACGCCUGGGUGUGUACAUAGGACUAUGGAGAGGAAAUACUCAAGGAUAGAUGAUAACUACCAGACAUUGGACCAGGUUACUGCUGCUCUUGCACAAGCUGGCCUUGAGUCCUCUAAUCUUAUUGUUGGUAUUGAUUUCACAAAGAGCAACGAAUGGACAGGAGCGACGUCAUUCAACCACCGAAGCUUGCAUCACAUCGGACAUGGUCAAAAUCCCUACGAACAAGCUAUAUCGAUUAUUGGACAGAGCUUAUCCGCUUUUGACGAGGAUAACUUAAUUCCCUGUUAUGGAUUUGGAGAUGCAUCAACACAUGAUCAAGACGUCUUCAGUUUCUAUCCAGAAGAGAUAUUUUGUGAAGGAUUUGAGGAGGUGCUCGCACGAUACAGAGAAAUUGUUCCUCAACUUCGACUUGCAGGACCGACAUCUUUGGCACCCAUCAUUGAAAUGGCGAUGACUAUUGUUGAGCAAAGUGGUGGUCAGUACCAUAUUUUGCUGAUAAUUGCUGAUGGGCAGGUGACUAGAAGUGUUGACACACAGCCUGGUCUACUUAGCCCCCAGGAGCAAAACACAAUUGAUGCAAUUGUAAAAGCAAGUGAACUCCCUUUGUCAAUUGUCCUAGUUGGGGUAGGUGAUGGACCAUGGGACAUGAUGAGGGAGUUCGAUGAUAACAUCCCUGCUCGUGCCUUUGACAAUUUUCAGUUUGUGAACUUCACCGAGAUAACGUCGAACAUCAUGAAUCCAUCAAGAAAGCAGGCAGAAUUUGCACUGUCAGCCUUGAUGGAAAUACCUUUUCAAUAUAAAGCAACGAUUGAGCUUGGCUUAUUGGGAAGAAGGAAGGGAGAUAUUACAGAGAGAGUUCCCCUCCCACCUCCCAUUUAUGGUACCCCAAACCCUUAUUCACGCGCAAGCAGUUUCCAGCAGAAUGUAUCUCCUUAUUCUGGAUAUCAUACUUCAGCCACUGCUCCAUCUUUAAGCUCCCUCGACAAUCACCAGGUUUGCCCCAUUUGUCUUGUUAAUCCCAAGGAUAUGGCCAUUGGUUGUGGACACCAGACUUGCUGUGACUGUGGAGAACAUCUGCAACUUUGCCCCAUAUGUCGUUCAACUAUCCAAAUGCGAAUCAGACUCUAUUGAUCUGCACCCCUUCUCUUAAACAGCAUUUUUGAUUUGGGUUACAGCUGAGUCCGGUAUUUCAAAUUCCAAAAGAAAGGAAAGGUCAGCCAUUCAGUCAUUCUAACCUGAAUAUAUAUAUAUAUAUAUACAUAUCCAUUGAUGAGAUUUUACAAUUCUAAGAAAUUGCAACAUGUAUCUGUGGGGAAUGGAGUUCCAAUAUCCAGGGAGA